AUGAAGGAAAGUGAUGGCAACAAGGCUCCAGGACCGGAUGGGUUUAACAUGGCCUGCUUUCAGAAGUGCUGGAAGGUGUUUAAAAAAGAAAUCCUACAGUUCUUCAAUGAAUUCUAUGAUAAUGGGCGUCUAGCCAAAGGUAUUAAUAGCUCUUUCACAACCUUAAUUCCUAAGAAAGAUUGUCCGGAGGGUAUUUCGGAUUAUAGGCCAAUUAGCCUUAUUGGUUCCAUCUAUAAGAUUCUUUCUAAGGUUCUAGCAUCAAGGUUGAAAAAGGUGCCACCAAGGAUAAUUAGGGAUUCUCAAACUGCAUUCAUUGGGGGACGAAACAUUUUGGAUGGGGUGUUAAUAUCUAAUGAAAUUGUGGAUUGGUCGAAGAAGAAGAAGCAGAAAGGGAUGAUUUUGAAAUUGGAUUUUGAAAAAGCUUUCGACUCAGUAAAUUGGGAGUGUUUAUUCGAAAUGCUGUCCAGCUUUGGUUUUCAAAACAAGUGGAUAAGGUGGAUAAAGGAAUGUUUGCAAUCAUCUAGAGUUUCAAUCUUGGUGAAUGGCUCACCUACAGCUGAAUUUUGUCCAGAAAACGGACUCAGACAAGGGGAUCCACUGUCGCCGUUUCUCUUUAUCAUUGUGGCUGAAAGUCUUAAUAUGUUAUUCCAAAGGGCGAAAGAUUUGGGGCUAAUCAAAGGAGUUGUUAUAGGCACUAGAAGGAUCAAUGUAACCCACUUACAAUUCGCGGAUGAUACUAUUGUGUUUUGCGAGGCUGAAGAGCAAGAAAUUCUGAAUGUUAAACGAUGUUUUGAAGUGCUGUCUGGAUUAAGGAUUAACUUCCAUAAAAGUAAGGUAUGUGGGGUGGGGGUACAAAAUGAGGUGGUGGCUGAUUUCGCCAAGAGACUGAACUGUCAAGGUCAAAAGCUGCCUUUCACAUAUCUUGGGUUGCCUCUUGGGGCUAGUCCAAAAAAGAAAACUACAUGGUUGCCAGUGAUCAAUAAAUUCAAGUCCAAGUUAGCUUCUUGGAAGAGAAAGACACUCUCUUUUGGGGGUCGGUUAACUAUGAUCAAGUCAGUGUUAACUUCAUUACCAAUGUAUUACUUAUCUUUAUUUAAAGUCCUUAUGGGUGUAGUUAAGUUGCUAGAUAGAAUCCAAGCCAGAAGGCUGAGAGAUGUUAAUGAGUGUCUCUUAGCAAAAUGGUGGUGGAGAUAUGGUGGUGAGGAUCAAGCAUUGUGGAAAGAUGUUGUGGCUAGCAAGUACAGCAGCUUUGGUGGGAGAUGGAGACCUUUUUUGGUGGAAGGCAUUCAGUGUUCAAGAAUAUGGGGUGAUAUUCUUAAUUUAGAGCAUAUCAGUCCCAACUUAUUUAACUUCUUCAUGGAGAAUUCUGUCAUCAAAGUUGGAAAUGGGAGGAGAAUUAGUUUUUGGGAGGAUCAUUGGGCAUCUAAUUGUAGUUUGAGGGUUGAGUUUCCCAGAUUAUUUGAGCUGUCAGAUGACAAAGAGGCUAAUCUUAAUCAGAUGAUUGACAGGAGAAACAAUAGUGUUGAUUCCUUAGUUUGGAAAGCCUCGUCUUCAGGAAUGUUCACUGUAAAAUCAGUAUAUAACAGGAAUUAUGCAGCUCAGGGGUCGGAGGAUGUUAGGUGGAUUUGGCAGAAUUUAUCUCCUCCAAGAGUGCAGUUUUUCGGAUGGCUUGUUUGGAAGGGUAGAAUCAAGUCUAGCACAUUCCUUCAGCGUAUAGGGUGCCUCAGUCAGGAUGCAACCACAGAGUGUGUGUUCUGUGACUGUGCUGUUGAAACAGAUUGUCAUGUGUUGCUCCAGUGCAUGUUUGCUUGGAAAAUUUGGUCGAAUAUUAUGUCCUGGUGGGGUAUGCAAUGGGUAAUUCCUGAGAAUGCUAGAGGUGUGUUGGAGUGGUGGAGAGGGUUCAAAUGGAGUAUAUUUGAAACUAAAAUUUGGAAUGUAAUUCCAUUCGCUGUGUUUUGGUCAAUAUGGACUCUGAGGAAUGAUUGUAUUUUCAAUGGCAAACAGCACUGCUUUAUGGAUAUCUGUGAACUAAUUAAAACUAGAAUUGCCCUAUGGAUAAGAUCUAAUACAAGUUUGUCGCAGUACUCUGUUCAUGAUGUGGUUGAGAAUCUGCCCCAGAUUUGA